GGUAACUACCGGGAGCGAAGGCAAAUAUUUUUUACAACAAGUAUUGUACAAGUAAUUUAUCUGAAUACCAUUUACUGGAACACAUAGUUGUAUUACAAGUGUCUGGAAAAUCAGUGAUGAAAUGAAAGAGUUUUAGGCAUAAAUUAAAUGAUCCUAGCUCAAUGGCCGUGUUUUUCGUAUGUCAAUAAUGGGCUUUUCAUCGAUGUAAAACAACAAAUAUCGUGAUGUUUCUAGCAGAUUAUGUGACGAUGGAUUCUCCACAGUGGCGAAAAUGCUGUCUCAUUUUGAUAAUAAUGUUACUGGACACGAUCGAUGCUCUAAAGUGUUACUGCAACAGUGAGACAUGUCCAAAUAGCACAUGCGAAACAGACGGCUACUGUUAUGCCUCCACCAGUCUCAACAACGGGGUCCAGAAGUUCACCUACCACUGCAUCGACCGCGCAUUAUUGAUACCCAUCGAGCACCCCUUCAGUUGCUCCACGCCGAAGACGAGAAAUGAAUCUGUCGCGAUAGAAUGUUGUAACAGCCAUGACAUGUGCAACCGGGAGCUGCCCCUGGAGCUGCAGCCCAGGCCGCCAGAGUCCAGUCCAUCAGCGACCGUGUGGCAAGUGGUGCCAUGGGUGAUAGGGCUGAUGGUGCUCGGCGUGUGCGUGGUGAUCAGCUUCUGGUGGGCCAAGCGCCGCUCCAAGAUGAUGAUGAAGCGAGGCUCCCGCCCACUCUUCCCCGCCGAGGACUCGCUGUGCGAGACUCGCCACCCCAUCAUGGGCACGGCCACUAUCCGCGAUAUGAUCGAGCUGACUACCUCCGGCUCGGGGUCCGGCCUGCCACUGUUAGUCCAGCGGUCGAUCGCACGUCAGAUCCAGCUGGUGGACAUCAUCGGCAAGGGGCGGUUCGGCGAGGUGUGGCGAGGCCGGUGGCGCGGCGAAAACGUAGCAGUCAAGAUUUUCUCCUCGCGCGAGGAAUGCUCCUGGUUCAGGGAGGCGGAGAUUUACCAGACGGUCAUGCUGCGACACGAAAACAUAUUGGGGUUCAUCGCCGCUGACAACAAAGACAACGGCACGUGGACACAGCUGUGGCUGAUCACAGACUACCACGAGAACGGCUCGCUGUUCGACUUCUUGACCGCGCGGACCAUAGACUCAAAUACUCUUGUCAAGAUGGCGCUGUCUAUUGCCACGGGGCUGGCGCACUUGCACAUGGAUAUCGUUGGCACUAAAGGCAAGCCUGCGAUAGCUCAUCGCGAUCUUAAAUCCAAGAACAUACUGGUGAAGAGUAACCUGACAUGCGUCAUAGGGGACCUGGGUCUCGCAGUCAGACACAACGUGGCCAGUGACUCGGUGGAUGUCCCUUCCACAAAUCGAGUCGGCACCAAGCGAUAUAUGGCACCAGAGGUGUUAGACGAAAGCAUGGACACGCGCCAGUUCGACCCUUACAAGCGUUCCGACGUUUACUCCCUGGGAUUGGUAUUGUGGGAGAUGGCGCGGCGGUGCGGCGCUCUGCCGGACGAGUACCAGCCGCCGUACUACGAGUGCGUGCCACCCGACCCCGCGCUCGAGGACAUGCGCCGCGUGCUGUGCGUCGAGCGCCGCCGCCCCGUGCUGCCCAACCGUUGGAGCGCUGACCCGGUGCUCUCCGCGAUAUCGAAGGUGAUGAAGGAGUGUUGGUACCAGAACCCCGCGGCCCGACUCACCGCGCUGCGCAUCAAGAAGACGCUCGCCAACAUCGGCACUCCCGACUACAUCAAACUGUAGGCAACUGUAACACUGGUACGUUAGCAGACAGCCCUGGCGCGACACGACGCGAGUGCAAAGUUUUUCCUGAACUUUCUGUUCCUAAAAUCAUUUCGAAAUUCAAAAGCGACAACCUUCUUUUGUGUUAUGACAAAUUUUGAUUAUUGUAAACAUGAACGUUAUGUAAUAGGCUAAAAUGCACAAACCGUGCGAAGCCAUAUAACAAAAAAAACUUGAACGUGAAAAAUUCAGUUGUUUGUUUCUGAGUGGUUCCCUCGAUUAGUGUUGUGCUAAGAGUCGUUUUGGAGGCGUUCGACUUAGGUUGAACGCUCGCAAGUCGUUUUACAAAGAGCGGCUUACUUCUACUUAGAGAGACUAAACCUUAUGUAUAAUGUGCACCAAAAUUGAGAGUUUGGCUGACAAUGACUGUGAUGUGUGGAUAUAUUUUUGGUAUUCGUAAUUGAAUUUGAAUCAAAUUCGCAAUUUAUAAACGAGAAUCAAUUCUCGAUCGUUCGCGGCGCACGCCGAUUAAGGUUAUUACGCCAUUAUACUCGAUGUAACGAGCACAGUUUCACUCGAUCAAAAUUCACGAGCACAGCACCAGAGCAUGUUGUUGGGUUAACCUCGCUUUACAAUAUCCAUAGUUAAAAGUUAAUUUGUGUACACUCUUCAGCUUAAGGUAUGUUGUACAAAUGUGAUUUGCGUGAAAUCGAAAAUCGUAUAACUGUUAAAACGAACGUUGCGUGAUACUUUGAGCUAUCCCGAAAACUUUGACAAGCGGUGGACUGCAUCACAGAAAAAAUUACAAUAAUAUACAAUACAUCACACAUAUCUUUAGAUUAUAUUCUCUGAUCUCUAAAGUGUAUAAUAUAAGUUACUUAGGUAUCUUAAACAUAAGCAUUGUAUAUUAUAUAGCGGGUCUGCUUUCAUGAUGUAGUAGGGUGCACCUGUAUAUUCCUCGUGGAAAUUCUCCACAGUUUCAUUAGGCGUGGUAGUGUCAUCUUAGCCAUUUGGAUGAUUACGAAAAUGUUAUGAAAUAUCGAUAAUUGUAAAGCGAGGUGAAUCGUUUUUAUUUGAUGGUAGUUAUAGUAAGCUUCCUACCCUACCUCUUAUUCUAUAGAAAAAAACUAUAUCAGAAGCAGCAUUUACUUCGGUAGGUCAUCCUUUCUCAAUCUUUUUUUACGCGACCCAUUGAAAUCGGCAAAAUUGAACUGAGUACCUACCAUUUGUACAUUUUGAUCAUAAUGCCCUACUGAGUUAUGUACUAUGUGGCGAAACUUUAUGAAAUUAACCUGAAAAAGUUUUUAAGUGAUUUGUAUGUAAAUAGUAUAGUAAUUUAUAUGCGCUACGCCUUUUUUUCUCGCUGAGAAGACAUAUUAAGGUCACAUAUUUUUUUUUGGAAAUCACUAGAAACUGAUCUUUUAGGUUUUCUCUUAUAUUUUACAGUUCUUUGUAAUACUUAUUAAAGAAUAUACAAAAAAAUACUAUCAAUACUGUAUUGAUGAAAAAUUUCUAAACGUUUUGUCACAUAUUAUGUCCAUUCGCCAUAUCUUAUUAUUAUUUAUGUCAAAAACUGUUUUGUAAUAACCACCUGAUUCUUUACGACACUUUGAGAAAUUUAAAGCUAGAAUUCGAUAUGUUGUAGUGAUAUUUUCGUUACCAUAAAUACUUAGUUUUAGAUAUGUUUGUUAGGAUUUUGCGUUUUAUUUUUAUUGAGAAUUUAAAAUGAAAAAAGAAUUGGUCAUGCUGUCAUGUACGACACCUUUCCAUUUCUUUUAUAACUAUUAUUUUUCUGUGAUAAAGUAACAUUUGCGUUCCGCUGUUCAGCGAGUUGUUAGUGAGUCGAUAUUCAUGUGUAAGUAUUCUCAGUGAAUAACGGAACGCAACAUCGCAGUGGUUAAGCUACACUCGCGUUCGUCCGACGCUCCGUUCUACGCUGGAGACGUGUAUAGUUUGUUAUUUGUUUCAAUUUAACUUUCCCUCUCCAUGGAUGUAGUACCGAACCUAUUGCUGUGUUAAUAUUUCUGAACUUGUUAUAGAACAGUGUUGCAAGUAUUAGUCUGUACUAGAAGCGAGUUGAAAAUUACAAUAUAUAUAUUUUAAAACUGUUUCAAAUAUUAAUGGAAGUUAUGUGUACAGUUGGCGACGUAAAAGCACAGUCUGUUGUUACAGUGGCUCGUGUCACCCGUUGCCAACUGUACCUUGCACACUAUUCUAUAAUGAGUGUACCUGUACCUUUGAAUUUUAUUGUUAAUUAAUAAUAAAAAUUUCUAUAUAAGAUGCUUCGAUAUGUUUACGUUCAAAAUCUAUUAUUAUAGAGCACGCAUAGUUUUCUGCAGAAAUGACCUGGCCAUAAAUAUCAUUUGCUUUAAAAUAUUGAACCUUAUGUUUUGCGUAAUCUUGGUCAGUUAUGAUGCAAUGUGUCAAGUGUCAACAUGAAAGUUAGGUUGUACGGCACAAUCGCGUGGGUAAAUAUUUUAUUCUUUCGCGUGUCGACUAUUCUUAUUGCAUUCGGAUGAGGCAUUUCGUAUACACAUUUUGACUGAAACUUAGACAUUGUAACAGUUCCCAAUAACUGACGAAACGGCCUCUUGCACAUAAAAUUGCACACACGGAUGGGAAUCUCGGGUAAUCUCAGUAGAAUGCCGUUGAUUGUUGAUUUUAAGGUCGAAAAUCCGGUGUGCGUCUGCUGUUUCUGUAGAGUUUCGCUUCUGUGUUAUUCUGUGACUAAAGUAUAACAGAUUUCAGGACCUGGUUAAGAUAACCUACCCAAUAACGUAUCCCCGUAAAAGGUACCUACUAGAGGUAGUUGCCAAGAUAUUUUUGACAAUUUGUCUCACCAUGUUGGACUGGACGGACCGAAAGCAAAAAUAGUAUGCCUCAGCUAAUAAUUAAUUACUGCUAAUUAUUCCGUACACAGACCAAUAAUGUAACUUUAAAAUUUGUUAUCGUACGAUAGGCCAGGAAUCAGUUUCUAAUUAAUAUAUUAAAUAAGAUCUAAACAAUGGGUAAAUGUGGUGCCGUUGGGUUUAAUGGCUUGCUUAUUCCUUUAUAUUCAUUCAGCCAACCCCCAAGAGAUAUAUGGGGUAAACUUAGUAUGUUUCUAUAAUGAUCUCUAACUGGAGGUAGCAUAUUGGGCCAAAGUACAAGAUUUAAACAAGAAGUUUCAAUGUUUAUUAUAAAUGGCAAUGGACAUUUCUGCGCAGAUAUGCGCCACGUAAUGGUAAUGGAGAGUAUCAUACUUUGUAUAGUGCACCUAUUUUCGUACUAGUAUCGUAAGGUAAUAGUUGGGAUCGGAUAUCCGUAUGCAUAUUUACGUGAUGACAUUUUUCUAAGAAAAUAUGAAAGCGGCUUAAAUCACAACUUUAAUCACACUUGCCAUUACAAUUUACACGUUAGAGAAUGGCAUUUGGUCAAUAUGUUUUAUAAAAUUACCAAGUUAUAUUUAAAUUUUUUAAGCAUUUAACUGCUAGAUGAUUAAUUCUUAAGAAAAUUUUACUAGUGAAAAAUCCAUUAAUUCCUAGAAUGCGAAGAGAUAGCGCUGUCUAGCAGCCUAAAAAAUGCUAGAGAAAAUUCGACACGGCCAACAGGGCCGCGGUAGCAUAAUGGUCAGUGCAUUCGCCCGUAUAGCGAAGGGUGCGGGAUCGAGUCCCGUCUGCUGCCUAUAUCGCGUGGAAUUUUUACUAGUAAAAUUUACUUGUCAAGGUACCUUGAGGCGUCGUCCUAAUUGGCAAUGAACGAUCACACGAUGCGUUCAUGUCGUGCGAUGAUUUUCAAACAUAGAUUUCUUGAGAGGUGACCUAAUACAGCUCGUAAGUCGCCACACGAGCACAGUUACAUUAUUUUCAUCGCACGAUGAGAUCGCAUCGCGCCAUCGCACGAUCGUUGUUAAUUAGGACGACGCCGGAAUGCUUAAUAUUUAUCAAAAAUAUGUACUUAUCAUAUUCUGACCUUAUUUUGCUAGAUUAUGUUUUCUAUUCUAUAGGACAAUGUUCGAUCAUGUAUCAGAAACGUUUUUAACAUAUAAAAGUGCUUUCCAUAUUAGAAUUAAACUUAGGUAAACUUGCAUCCGAAUAUGCGAUUUCCGUUAAUAAUAAAAUUGACGUAGGCAUUUAAAAAUUGUAUAUAUAAAUAAAUAUAUAUUAUAGAGAGGGCGUUGAACCGACGCUAAUACGACGUAAUUACCUUAUAAGUUAUACAGUAAGCAAGUAGAUUUCAUACAUUUGUGUAACUUUUUUAUAUUUGUAGAAUACCAUUUUCCUUUAUUAUAUCUAUAUAUCAGUGGCGUGGGAUAAAAAAAAAGAAAGAUAAAGCCGGUCCAAAAAAAACGACUAACGCUUGAAUAAGCAAAACGACAUAUCUUAGCUUGUAAAAACAAAUGCAAUAAAUUACAUGCCUUAUAAUAGAGUGUUAGUACACCUUUCCCAAAACUACAACAAAAUGUUAGGUAUGGUGCUUGCGUUGCGUUGUAUGCAGUUUUUUCAUGCGACAGAACAUGCUUGCUGUACAGUUGUUUGUGUUCACCACCUUCCCCAUACAUGAUAUCACUGAUAUUAUAUGAACAGUGCAUGUCGAUUAUGAUAUAAUUGGCUUUAAUAAAAGCCGUAUAAGGCACGCGUCACUCACACUCGGAUUAUUAAUAAAUAUUUAGAAAAACAAAGAACUAUAAAUAAGUGUAACUUAACUUGUCAGCAUCAUCACCACAAAUAAUAAAUACCAGCAGCAAUACCGCAAAUUUAUUUCUAUUCUACAUACAUACAUAGUAUCACGCCAAUAAGGGAUUUACGGGGUCGACAGAGCCCAAGGCCGUGAGACCCUAGGCCACGUUUUAUUCCUACGUGACGGCAAUAAACAAAAAAAACAAACCUUUACGGUGAAAUAAAAUAAACACCUAUACACAACACUUGGCUAGUAAAAUCUUUCAAGCAAAACGUAACCUUCACACAUGACAAAUAAAUAUUACAGGCUAUCUAAGUUCGGGUUAUAUCGAUGAGUGGUUGCAUGUGGUAGUAAUGUGUGCGUGAAGUGCUUACAUUUUAUUUAUUUGAAUUCCCAAUAUUAUUAGUGGGUUAUCCAGUCUACUACCGCGGCGCGGACCUGAGUGUGCGUUUGCGCAAUUUCAAAUACUUUGUGUAUUUUGUAUCCACCAUAUUGAAUAUUUUUACAAAGCGCGCAAUGUAAUUAUAUCGCUUGCAUUAACGUUUUUAUACGUAAAUGGUCGCUUGUGCUUGAAUGUAAAUUAGUAUAUUAGAAUCUGGCUAGGUAAGCAGGCAGGAAUCGUGUUCUAAGGAGGCGUCGCCACUGAUAUAUAUUUAUAUAUAUAUAUAUAUAUAUAUAUAUUAUUUUUCGUACACUCGACAGCACUUCCGAUUUUUAGAAAUCAUGGGGUUACUCUGUGAAACUUAUUUUCGGCUUUAUACGAUUUGAAAUUAAGUUGAGAGUCGUGUUGGUAGUUUUGAUGAUUUAUUUGCCAUUGAGUGGAUGUUGCUGUCGAGUGAACGUUUAAACGUUAGGCUGUUUGUUCGUGUUGAGUGUGUUGUGCGCACCGAAUGCUUGUUUCGACAUGAUUGGUCAUUGUUUUACGAUCUGAAGAUGAGCAGAUGAUGAUGAUGGACUCCUUGCAAUAAUAUACUGCCUUGUUGUUAAGAUAUUGUAGUGUAGAUACGUUGGGCUCGUUUGUUUAUAUGUUAUUCGCAUCUAUUGCUCUUGCCAAGUUUCUCUUCUAAGGAAAGUUUAUAUUCUUAGGUUUAACCGACUUCAAAAAGUAGGUUAUCUGACUGCAGUUAUUUUCUUUCCCAUGGAACCUUAACUUUCACAUAUAUUUUCCGAUGACUUUUUAUAAAACUUGACAUAAAAACACAAAAACAAUCACAUAAAUUAAACUUGCCGAAAAUUGGUGGGAAUCGAGUAGUUAAGCGUAACUCAGAUCACCGAGACCAAGUUUUGUUAACUUCAACAAUAUAAUGUACUUAAAAUGAAAGCAAUUUAUAAUUUUGUUGACUUGAUUAAAAAGUUCGCGUCGUUCUUGUUAAGUUUACAAACAUAAUCACCAUAUAAUUUUCGCUACUGCUAGGACAGGAUUUCUAGUUCAUAUUAAAAUAAAGAAAGCAGGAGCCAUAAGUAGUAAAAAUGUUCAAUUGGAUUUUUCAAAUAUUUGUCGGUAAUGUGUUUUACUGUCUUUUAAUACUACCAAAAAUAUCUAACGUAGAUGGUAAAUGAUCUUGCGUAAUACUCGCUGGUUAAUAAGUAGGCACUUUGGAGAUAUGAAGUAUGUCGUCAAUUAUCUAGCACAAAUAAAUGAAUGUCUAUUAAUCACCCGGGGUAAUUGCAAUAGAUGUAUGUACUACUAAAACAUACACCCCGUUUCUUCAAAACGCGGACUAAAGUUAGUCUUGCUUUAAACCUCAUAUUGUGUUUGUCUUCUUUUUAGCGAGCAAAAGUGACAGCAUCAGUUUUAAUCCAGGUUUUACUUUAGUCUAUGUUUUAUAGUAAGGCCGACAGAGUCCAAUGUGGAAUCAAAAGUGUACGCAUCUUGUUUUCUUCUUUCUUUUGUACGGGAUUACAUCUUUAAACAAUAAACGAGUACGUCAUAUGAUGCAGAUAAGGUUCACAUAAUUAAUUCGGAAUUGUAAUGUAGAUAUUAAACAAAGCACCUAAUGGAUAAACGUUUUAAGUAGGUGUGCGAUUAUUCCGUCAUAAUAUUGUACCACAGGACUGUAUGCCGUGAUUUUUUAAUAAAAUGCAAUACAAUACACAAUACUUUAUUGAUAACACCACAACACAAAACAGAAAUGAGGGACAUUACAAUUAUUAAAAAAGAGUAUUGUGUGUGGUGGUUUAUCCUUCAAGCCAAAUGCUCAAACUUAUUAUUUUUAACAUCAAGCCUUCUCAGUAUGUUCAUAAAUUAUAAAGUCCGUUGUCAUCCCUAAACCAUUGCAAUUGAAAGCAAUGAUGCUCGGAAAUUAUAUACUUAUUAUUAUUACUUAUUUUACUUAUAUUAUAUUAUUACUUAUUAAUUAUAUAAUUUUAUCAUCAACCAUUGAUAUUUUAUGACCGACUUUUUGAAUUAGUACUUUUCAAUACAGAUUGUCAAAAAUCACUUACUAGUUAACUGGCGCUAUUUACAUUAACUUUCACUAAAGUUCUCAACUUAUAUCUAAAAUGAAAUCAUGUUAUAGCCUCAUUCUACAUCUCUUUGACUUCAAAAAUUGACAAGGAUAGUGUGAUGUCGUAAACUAGAUUGAAUUUAAGUUUGAUUUUAAUGAUUUUUUGUGCAAAUAGCCAUAAAUUGAGACUUUAGAUAAAAUUUUAUAGGGAGAAAUGAUUUUGUAUUGGCUUGUUUAUAAAACUAAAUAAGAGGUGUAAGCUCAAGUUAUCUCCAAAUCGUAAAGCUUGUUGUUUGUGUAUGUAUGCUAUCGACGCGGCGAUUGAAAUUGUUAUGUAUACAAUCUUCCAGAUUAAAAUUUAUAGCAAUUGAAUUACCUCAUUAGAGACGUAUAUAUUAUUAUAAACUUCUCGUCGAAUAAUGUCUAAUUAGUUUACCCGUAGUAGUGCAGUUAAGCGUGAUAUUUAGAAAUCUUUUAAGCGAAUGUUCGCCUUUCAGAUUGACUAGGAUAGUGUCAAGUUUUGGUAAAUUUAGACAAGUUGAUAAGAUUAUAAUUAUAUACUUGAGUCUAUGUCAAGAAUGGUUAUUAGUUUUUCAGAAAUACCACUUUCUUAUUUAAUACAUGUAUUGAUGUGCCCACAAUUGUAUUUUUUUUCUCUGUAGAUUUUAGUUUACUUUCAAAUCAAUAUUGGUUUUAAUGUUUUCUAUUCGGAGUUUAGUACUGAGGUAAUUUUUGUACAGAAUUUUUGAUGACAGUGAUCUAGAAAAGUUGCUAUAAAAUACAUUAGGUAUAUAUUAAGAUGAACCUGUAUUAGUUCCAUAAUUGUACGUAUCGCUAUGCAAUGUCACAGCUUCAGAUACUUCUUUCAUCAUCAUCAUCUAUAAAUAUGUAACAUGGGACUUCAGCAAAGAAAAACAUUCAAAAUAUCACUCUAGGAUUUAUAUUGAUACUAGCUCCCCUUUAUAAGUUGAAGACAUCGCUAUUCAUAUUCGCACAAUGAAUAUAGGUCUUAUUGCUGUGUCACAAUGUCAUGAUAUCUCGUUAUGACGUUACAACGCAUCUCACUCCGUUGUGUGGUAUGUGUUUCGAUUUGUGUACUAACGAUGAUGCGAACUCCGGACAGAGCUGCGUUGACUUUGGUACUUGGUAAGAACGCUUACAGUCUGUUCAUUCUAACUUGUCCUUUUGGGUGAACAAUCUUGGCACAACUUUUUAACAAAAUUACCCCAUUUAAAAAUAAAAUAAUAACAAAGUCAAUAAUGUAUUCCAAUAAAUCGUUAUUAUAUACUGAAACCUAUUGAAUCAAGUUAUCAUGUGAUUUUUAAUGCUGCAUUUUCAAUAAAAAGGAGUGCCAAGAUUCUUUACCACAUGGACCAAGUUAUGAUGAACGGACUGUACGUAUGCAUUCAGCACAAAGUGCCUGCCCAGAGCAAAGAAGCGUCAAUAGUCGCGUAAACCUUUAGUUUGAGUUACACUAUGGAACCAGUUAAAAUUAAAUAUUGCUAUAUUUUUUUUAAUUUGCCUCGCUAGGACAGUUAUUGUCACUGUCAAAUUAUGAUCUCAUUUUGUUAAAGUUAAAGAACGAUGGUGCAACUCACGCUUAGACUUUCAAGAGUAAAUAAUUAUGUAUCAAUAUUUUAAACUGAUUUUGGCGUCAAUUUGAUAUCAGCACGUUUGCAGCUGACUAGCAAUCCGAAUGCUGUCAGGCUGAAAGUUUGAUGGAAAAAAAAAUUAAAUGAUCUACUUUCGUUAAAUACCUUUUGCGCUAUAUUAUGCCUAAACUGUAUCAGAAUAAAUCGUGUAAUAUAAAUUUUAAACGCCUAACGAAUGUGGCUGUGGUACAUAAGAUGCCUUCUGGUGUUGAACCGCCAAACGCCAUUGUCUUAUGGUUUAUGCAGUCAUCGCGGUAUUGAAGUUCAAAUCAGUUGCUUUGAUCUGAACUGUGUAGCUUGUUUGCUUGAAGCUUUUUAAAAAAAAUGAUAUUGAUUCAAUUUUACAUAUUUAAAUGAAGCAUGUAUUGUAUAAAAUUUAUCGUGAAUCCGAUCACAUGUUUUGACAAUACGUCGAUUAAUGAUUUUAGGAGUUUGUAAAGUCUUUCAGUAACAGACGUUUAUAUUUUACAAUUAUCUCGCAGAUAAUAACAACAUUAGUGAUUGCGAAGUGUACUAAGUUAUACCCUCUAAAAUGAAUUGUCAUGUCAAUCACACUUUUAAUGUGACCGAUUCAAGGAACUUUCACCAUCUAACUGAACUGAUUUACUUCUAUCCACAAGAACUGUAUCGUUCCAGGCUUAGCGUACCUACUUUUUAUGCAAUUCAAGAGUACUUUUUGAGACGUUUAAAGUAUAAUUCAACAUAGUCACAAAAAAAAUGCAUAUUUGAAUAGUGAGUAACUAAAAAAAAAUCUGCUUACACAUUUUAAUAAAGCUCAGUAAUAGUUACUUUGCCUAGUGCGCUGUCUAUACUGUCAAUAAUGCUCGAAAUUUUAUAUCACAGCUUUCUAAUUUUAUAUUAAUAAAAAAUCUAUAAAACCAAAAACUACUAUUUCUUUACGUGAACGUAUUGUAUCGUUGUGCAAACACUACGAUUUUAAGAUUCACUACUCCGAACAACGCAAACCAAUCUAACGGCAAGAUUUAACUACUAGUCCAGUCAUUACGUCGGAAAAAUCGGGUUAGAAAUGCAAAUGAACCGAGAAAGCCAAAUUUUGGAUAUUACGUGGGGGGUGGCUAGAAAAGCUUAAGUUCAAAUUGUCGACCAAAAAAACCUUGUGGGUUUUCCGCCAUCUUGAAAAAAAGGGUUAAACUCAGUUUU